UUUCCACUUCCGGACUGGGGGUGGUUGGCAGCUCGUACGGAUAACUCACCUGAACAGCAUGCCCAAACUGUGAAUCAGUCAUAUGGAGCCUCACGGGAUUGUCAAGGCAUUUCGGAAGGUGAAACGAGCACAAGACAUCGUACCAGCAACAUCCGGAGUGACCCAGAAGAAAGUAAAAACAGAUGAAGUCAGUAAAGAAACCUGGUUGUGUGGAGUGGUGGUGCAUAUUGUCCAGGCAGGGAUUGGAAAGGCUCGGACAGAAAUCUUUCACAAGCGGAUUAUACAGAAUGGUGGGGAGGUCAGCCUUGCUUUCUCUCCAGCCGUUACUCAUGUGAUCCUGGAUGAUGAGAUGGACUGUGAUCGUGCCUUACGCCUCCUGGGUCUGGAGGUUCUGCCCCCCAGACUCCAACUGGUGCGAUCUGCAUGGCUCAGUUUAUGCAUCGCAGAGAGGAGACUUCUGAGCACCAUAGGCUACAGCAUCUUCAUCCCAGACAGGUACCUGCCAUCUGCAGAGCGGAACAAAAAUCAGGGGUCAGGGGAUGAGGAUCAGCAAGAGACUGCAGAGGUCAACAGUCGAUCAAGGACCCAGCUCAAGCUGAACUGCACAAAGAUAGAAGAGUCUUUUGCUGAGCAACAGGGAGAGGCCACAGCUGAAGAAAUCAAUGGAUCAGUACAAGCCUCUACAGCCCAGUUUUGUGUAGAUGAAGGCCAGAGUGACGCUAAAGAUGACAUUGUUUCUGAGCAUGACCUGCGAGCCCUGAUCUCCGGGAGCAGCCAUUUGUCGAGUGGAUCUGACCGUAGGAAAGCAGCUGUCAGUGGCAAGUGGGUGUGUGCCCAAUCAUCCAAAAGCAAAAAGCAAAACCACAACAAACCCAUCACAGACAAGUUGGAGGUGCUGGAGGCUGCAUAUACACAUCAGGGUGACAAGUGGAGAGCGCUGGGAUAUGCCAAGGCCAUCAACUCCUUGAAGAGGUACCAGAAGCCAGUGUCCUCCUAUGAGGAAGCAUGUAAGAUCCCUGGCAUUGGCAAACGAAUGGCUGAGAAAAUCAGAGAGAUACUGGAGAGUGGGCACCUGCGCAAGCUUGACUAUAUCAGUGAGAGUGUCCCAGUGCUGGAAACCUUCUCAAACAUCUGGGGAGCUGGUGUGAAGACAGCCCAGAUGUGGUACCAGCAGGGAUUCAGAACUUUGGAUGAUAUUCAGAUGAAAGCUAGUCUGACUAAGCAGCAGAUCAUUGGCCUCAAACACUAUCAUGAUUUCCUCGACCGAAUGCCCCGGGAAGAGGCAGGGGAGAUUGAAAAAGUGGUGGGGGACAUGGCUCAGUCAAUCGAUCCAUCUCUGAUUGCUCUAGCUUGUGGCUCCUAUCGACGUGGGAGGUCUACCUGUGGUGAUGUAGACGUCCUCAUCACACAUCCAGAUGGAAAAUCGCACCAAGGUGUCUUCAGUAAGAUCCUUGCUGGUCUGAGGGACACAGGAUUUCUAACGGAUGACCUGGUCAGCCAGGAAGAGAGCGGGGACCAGAAGAAGUAUCUGGGAGUUUGCCGGCUUCCAGGUCCUGGGCACCGUCACCGGAGGCUCGACAUCAUUGUGGUACCAUACAGUGAGUUUGCCUGUGCCCUGAUGUACUUUACCGGAUCCGCACAUUUUAAUCGGUCCAUGCGGGCUUUGGCCAAGACGAAGGGCAUGAGCCUGUCAGAGCACUCGCUGAACUACCACGUCCUGAGGAAGGGCAGUGCCAAACUCACCACAGGAGUAAUCAUUUCCACGACAACCGAGCAAGACAUCUUUGAGCACCUGGGACUGCUGUACAGGAAGCCACAUGAGAGGGACUGGUGACACUGCUGCAGGUUGGCAGAGACCCAUUCCACUGUAUUUGUGCAUGUGUCACCCAGUUUGAUAUAGCACCAUACAGGCCAAGGACCCACCAGUUCACCUCCAAGUCCAGGCUGAGCUAUCUGCUUUGAGGGUUUUUAAUGUAUCUGUAAAAUGAAAUACCUUUGCCAUCUGUGAGCUUUACGAUCUGAGAAAACAGAAUGAUUGAUCCUUUAUCCACAGGGUUACAGAGUAAAACGUAGGGAAGGCUAAACCUGCAUCAAUCUGCUGUGUCCGAUUCUGGGGCACAAUUUUAAGAAAAAUGUCAUGGCUUUGGAAAGGGUACAAAAGGAGAUUUACUGCAGUGGUAUCAGGAACUAGGGCUUUAUACAGUGAUCCUGAAAAAGCUGUCUUUCUUGUUGAAGAUGAUUUAUAAGAGAUUUAAUAGCAAUGUUCAAAACAUUAGGGAUUUGUGAUCUAAGAUUACAAAGCGAUCUUAAUCAGUUGGCCCCGUGGGCUGAGGUGAGGCAAAUGGAGUUUACUUUGGAUGAAUGCGAGGUAUUGCAUUUUGGUAAAACAGACAAGGGCAGGAUUUUUACCGUUAAUGACAGGGCCCUGAAUGGUGUUGUAGGACAGAGACACCAUGGGGAUCAGGUACAUAAUUCUUUGAAAUUUGUGUCCAUGUAGACAGGGUGGUUUAGCACUGUUGCCUUCAUCGGCUGGACCUUUGAGUUUAGGAUUUGGGAUGUCAUGUUGAGGUUGUACAGGACAUUGGUGAGACCUCUUCUGGAGUACUAUGUACAGUUCUGGUCGCCCUGCUACAGCAAGGAUAUUAUUAAAUUGGAGAGGGUUCAGAAAAGAUUUAUCAGGAUAUUACCGGGAAUGGAGGGUUUGAGUUAUAAUGAUAUGAUGUGGAGGUGCCAGUGUUGGACUGGGGUGGACAAAGUCAGAAAUCACACGACACCAUGUUAUAGUCCAACAGGUUUAUUUGAAGACACAAGCUUUCGGAGCCUCGCUGCUUCCUCAGGUGUUAGUGAGGUGGUAUCAGACACAGAAUUUAUACGUAAAAGAUCAAAGGGUCACAACACUGUAUGAGGAUGUAUAUUAAACAAACCUAAGAUGCUGUUCAAUCUUUAAUUGUUUAGAAGGUUUUAAUUGAUUAAUUUGUAUAUGUAAAUCCCCGAAUUCCUUUCAAGUCACUGUCCUGAGAGAACCAAACGUUUUAUCAGUGUAAAGAAGUGAUGACAUUUUAGGUCAGACAAUGCAUGUUAGGUGUGAGGCCUUGUUUAGAAUCUGUUUGUGUUUUGGUUUGGAGUCAGACUAGUUUUAUUUCUAAAAUGGGAAUUUAUAAAACGCCACAUUGACUCACUGUCUAUAAAUUGUGUGCUUUUUGAACAAAAUAGAAUGUAUCUGCAAAUGUGUUUGUGUGAGUGAGAGUGUCACACACACACACUCUCUCUCUCUCAGACACACUUUCCCACACACACUCUCUCCCACGCAUGCGCACACACUCUCACUCUCUCCCUCACACACUGUCUCACUCUCUCUCUCUCUCUCUCCCCUACACACACACACAAUCUCUCUCUCCCACACAUACACAUACACACACACACACACUCUCUCUCUUUCUCUGUCACUCUGUAUUCCCCAUCUCUUUCUCUCUCUUCACCCCCCACACACGUAAAUAGAUAGGGUGUAUUUGUAUUUGCAUUCUAUUUUGUUCAAAAAGCACACAAUUUAUAGACAGUCAGUCAAUGUGGCAUUUUAUAAAUUCCUACUGUAGAAAUAAAACCAGUCUGGCUCCAAACCAAAACACAAACAGAUUUUAAACAAAGCUUCAAUUAAAACCUUCUAACUGAUUAAAGAUUUAACAGCAUCUUACUUUUGUUUAAUACAUCCUCAUCAGUGGUGUGACUCUUUGAUCUUUUACUUAUACUUUCUGUGUCUGAUACCACCUCACUAACACCUGAAGAUGGAGUGCGUCUCCAAAAGUUUGUGUUUUCAAGUAAACCUGUUGGACUAUAACCUGGUGCCGUGUGAUUUCUGACAUUAUAAAGAUGGGCUGGGAAUUUUUUAACUGGAGCAUAGAAGGUUGAGAGGUGACCUUGUAGAGGUUUGCAAAAUCAUGAGGGGCAUAGAAAAGGUGAAUAGCAAGGGUCUUUUCCAUAGGGUGGGGGAGUUCAAAACUAGGGGGCAUAUUUUUAAAGUGAAAGGAGAAGGAUUUAAACAGGACAUGAGGGGCAAUCUUUUUACACAGAGAAUGGUUUGCAUGUGGAAUGAACUGCCAGAUAAAAUGGUGAAUGCAGGUCAGUUACAACAUUUGAAAGAAAUUUGGAUAAGUUCAUGAAUAGGAAAGGUUUGAAAGGAUAUGGGCCAAAUGCAGGCAGGUCAGACUAGUUUGGUUUGGGCACGUGGUCGGGAGGGACUGGUUGGACCGAAGGGUCCAUUUCCAUGACUCUACAACAACGAGAGCUCACUGUCCCAUGCAUACAUUCACUUGAUAUUUAGAAACAUCAGAGGGGAACUCAUCAACUCAACUUGUAUUCAGUUAUAUUGUGGCUAAUCUGUACCUUAAUUCUAUUUAACCCCCCUAGGUUCCUUAACUAUGAACUUCCUUACCCAACAAAAAUCUGUCAGUCUGAAUUUUGAAAGCUCCAAAUAAACCUUGAUUGGUGUGGGAGAGGGGA